CGUGAGUUUCCGUGCAACGGUGUUGGUUUUAGAGAUUUUUUUAAAAAACAGCGGAAGAAAAAAACAGAAACAACAAAUUCAAUGAAAUCGACCCACGUGCUGGCAAAAUGUAUUUCAAACAUCCCGCUAGUGAGACUCGCGAGAGUCGCAGCCGAGCGGAUGGGCGUUGCAGUGAAUCCACUUCCGAGUUAAUACAACUGCUGCAUUCACAGUUAGGUGUUUAUAUUCAUACAAAUAUAUGUUUUAAAAAGUAUAAGUUGAACGAAGACACCAUGUGCACGGACUGCGUACAGAAGGAAUAUCCUAACAGGGGAAACACUUGUUUAGAGAACGGCUCUUUCCUGCUGAACUAUGUGGGCUGUGCAAAGUGCAACCAGAGGGACUUCAUUCUGAUCAACAACAAAACAACAGAAGAGGACGACGGAGAGGAAAUAGUUACGUAUGAUCAUGUGUGUAAGAACUGUCACCACAUCAUAGCCAGGCAUGAAUACACUUUCUCUGUCGUUGAUGAUUACCAGGAGUACACCAUGCUUUGCAUGCUGUGUGGAAAAGCGGAGGAUACAAUUAGCAUUCUUCCUGAUGAUCCCAGACGAAUGGCCCCGCUCUUUUAGAGAAAAAGGAAGUGAUGCAUGGAAGAGUAAAUGAGCGAGGCGCAGAGCGGGGAGCCUGUGAAGGAUGUGGUAACCCUGAAAUCACUGACGAAGGCAGUAACGGAAACCUGCGUGUGGCUUUUCUUUUCCUGUCCUUUUCUGUGUUAUUUAUUGUAAAAAUGAUUUUUCUUUUGGUUGUUUUUACUUUGUUAUAAGUGCACCUGUGCCACUAAUACUGUACUGUGACUGAAAUAAGUAUUCAACCGCCCCAUAUGCGUUUUGUGUGCCAUUGGCAGAAGGACAUUUGUUGUCCCUUUACCCCUAACUCACGAUUCCUUAUAUAAUAUGUCGCUAUGCCUGCAUAGAGUCAUCGCCUCUUUUAAAUAUAUGCAAAUGAUUUUAAUGAGCAAGGCUUCUCGCAAGAGCAGUGCUACCCCAAAAAGGGGCAGUGGGGACCCAGCAAUGUACCAGUCUUGUCAAUCAAGUUAAAAACACAGCUAGAGCCUUUGAGUAAAGAAAGACAAACCGCCCCUGCAGCCCUUCCCUCAUCAGAUUUCGUAAAGAAUCGCUCUAAUGCCCCAUUCCAAAGCACAGCCCACGGGCAGGGGUGAUUGAAUACUUUACUGAGGUUGUAUGUAACGCAAGGCUUCUGACACUUCACAGCAGCUUUGGCAAAAUGCCAACAGAAAAAAAAAAACAUGCAUAUGAAGCCUGUCUUCUCUGGUGCAGUCUUAACGUAUUCCCAAUGCAGAACAGCUGUCUGCGUGGGACAUUCGUUGUGUUGUUUAUUCCCAAACAAAUGGGUUUCUGCAAAGCUGAUUCCUAAGACUGAUCCCACAUUGAUCUUCGCAUGUGGUUCUGAAUGUAUUCACCUGUCACACUGCUUAUUGUGAGGGACAGUGGCACUGGCUGCAGUCCUGCGCAGUGCAGGCAGAUUCAAUGAAAGCUUCCCUUCACAGUUCUGCAAGCACACCUCAAUGAACACCCAUCUGUUGAGAUACAAUCAGAAACCACUACCCUCAUCUGCUAUCCCACAGGCGAUUAUUCAAAAGCCUUAAAACACUAGUAAUAUAAUUAGGGCUUCUGAUUUUCGGUUUUAACCGAUAAAACCCGAUAACACCCCCGAUACAAAAAAAAUGAAAUCGGUGGAUAGCCAAUAAACACCAGAAAAACUGUGGAAAUGGUUAAUCGAUUCACGUUGACUUUACCCUUUUCCCAUUAAAAAAUAAAACUUACUACAAAAAUAACAAUAAAUACAUUUCCCAGUGCUGCUGGACAAUGUCCCUCCUUCCUGACUUGUAUCUACCAUUGAUUCGUUCUGAAUACUUUAAACCCACCCCAACUACUGAGUGGCAGCACAUUCCUACAUUUCUAUUGGAGACUCUGCUUGCGAGAUUUAAAACGAGAUUACAAUCAGGAUGGAGGCUUGUUAGCGGGAUUUAAAGCUGUAUUACAGUUAAGAUACAGAGGAUUUAAAACAGAAUUGUGGCGAAAGGUACAAAAAUGCCUACACACAAAAACCCCAGAAGAAUGUGCCCGUGACCAUAGGGAUUUCAUUGUGGAAGACAGCAAAGGAAAGUACUGUCGAGUUACUAUACAUAUUUUGACACGCACACAAAAAAAACUGCUCAAGUGUUUUGGAAAGUAACCAAAAACACUAUUUUCAUACAGUAUAUCAAAAACGAAAGCCCCGAAAAAAAGCUAUUUACAUAAAACUCGAACAUGCUAAAAAUAAGCACCGAAAAAUACAGAAACAGAAGCCCUAAAUAUAAUGUAUGCCCUGAGAACAAUUUAUUGUAUUAUUAAAAAAAGAAAUGACAUCCAACUUUUCAUUAGAUUCUGACACAUCUCUUCACAAAACAAAUACAAAUGGAAGAGCUUUAGUCUUGCAGUGCACAAGCAGGGCAUGUGUUACUGUGAAGGCUGAGGCUCCAAGUAGGGCACCAGAGAGAUGAAUGGAUCGAUGAAUGUUUAAUUGAGGCUGUCGAAAUAAAAGCCAACAGAAAUUGAUUCAUUGUUGCAUCUCUGCACAUCUGCCAUUCAGUCCUGGGCAACUCUCAAGCAAAGACCUCAGCUUGUGGUGAAUUGUGUGUUAGUUUUGCGCACUGGGAUCUAAUCCUAAACCAUAACCAAAUGUUAUAUCAUGGUAAAAGUAUAAACUGCUGUAGUUCAGAGAAGGCAAGCUAGGUAACUCGUACAGAAGUAUGGUCAAGCAUGCAAUUUAAACCUAGUAAAGUUAUACCCUGCAUAAUCAGUGAAACAGGUCUGGUGUCUUCUCAAGCAAGCUGAACUAAAUUGCAGUCCCAGAUUGACAAGCAGGGUGGAUUGAUGUAACUUUACUAUGAAGAUGAAGUAGUGUUUUCAGGACAGUAAGUUAAACUCAUUAUAGUAUGUAAUAUGUGCCAUUGUGAUUUCAUAGUGCUGCUUCUGAAACAGGUUUGGGGAAGCUGCUGUUUCUGAUCCCUUUUUAUUAAGCUUUUCAGCAGAUCCAGUAUGAAUAGCUGGAAGCCAGUUACAGGGGAUAUCAUUCAGUAACCUCAUGGUGUUUUUAAAAUAGUUUUGACAUAUUUAACAGUUAAGUAAUUACCCAUAUGAAAAAUAAAUAAAUAAAAAAACAUUGUAAAUUGUCGAAUUAUUUUAACUUGUUUUUGAAGAGUUGUCACUAUUGUUUAAAAAUAAAAAAGUGAGGACCACUGUAUUAAGAAUCGUGUUA